CCCAUUCCAAUCUAUGUUAGGUGGUUACCACCAUCCACCCAAUCUAGGUUGCCCUCUAGACAGUGAACAUGGUAACAUGAUGGUUCGGUCGCCACUGUCUGGGCCUAUUCAAACCGCAAAAACUUACUACUCCAACAUUGAUAAUGCCUCGUGCUUGGUACAUAACCGACGUGGCAUUGCUAUAAUGGCUAGCUUAUCCUAAUGAGCAGGGCCCAUCUGUUAGUUUCGGCAAAAAAUCUACAACUUGGAGGUGUAAAUUGGAAAAUGGGACACAAAGUGGUCAAAACUUUUGGUAGCAGCAAGAUGCCAAUUCCAAAAACAAUGUCUUUAUCAAACAGAUAGGGGCAAGUGUAUGCCUAGACGACAUAAUGAGUUGCAGAAAAGAGAGACGAAAGGUCAAAAUACUAUUGAACGAACAGUAACUUGUAGGUACACAUACACCAGAGAGGAAAUGUCAACUACGGCAUUGCGAUUGCCAUAUCCAUCCAAAACCAAAGGUUUCCAGCUCUUAACUCAUCACCAACCUUCUCAACACUAUAAAUACACGAUCCCAUCUUCUCCUGUUACAUGGAGCAUUCCUAAAGCUUCUUGCUACAUCUUCAUACCACUACCACAAAUGGCUUUUCCGCUUCAUUAUCAUCUCCCGGCCUUGUUUUCUCUCUUAGUUUUUGUCUCUGGGGUUAUGGCAGAUGCAGAGUUCACCUUGUCCAAAGCAUCAUAUUACCCCAAUUCUGAUACAAAAGGGACUGAAAAUGGAGCAUGUGAGUAUGGCACAUUUGGAGCAACACUCAACAAUGGUGAUGUUUCUGCAUCGGCAAGCCUCUACAGGAACGGGGUUGGCUGUGGUGCAUGUUAUCAGGUGAGGUGCACAGAUCCUUACUACUGCUCUCCAGAGGGUGUGACAAUCGUGAUCACUGACUCGGGAUCGAGCGACGGCACUGAUUUCAUCCUCAGCCAGCACGCCUUCACAGGCAUGGGACAGAGUGCAGAUGCUGGUGCAGCGCUGCUCACCCUUGGCUAUGUUGGAAUUGAGUACAGGAGGGUUUCUUGUAGCUAUCCAAAUAAGAACAUUGUCUUCAAGAUUACUGAGAGCAGCCAUUUUCCCUACUACAUAGAAUUUGAGAUCUGGUACCAGCAAGGUAGCCAGGACAUCAUCGCAGUCCAGCUUUGUGAGACUGUGACCCUGAAAUGCCAGCUUCUGAGCCGAACUCAUGGUGCAGUAUGGGCUACGGUCUCCCCACCAACUGGCCCUCUGUACAUACGGAUGCUGUUUAGCAGUGGAGCUCCCCGUGUUGGUGACCAGAAAUGGCUAGCUCCGACAAACACAAUACCACAGAACUGGACGGCAGGGGCCAUAUAUGAUUCUGGGGUCCAAAUGCAGCUGCACUAGCUAUAAAGAACAUAGAUACACCAGAAAUAUAGAGGUCAUAUUUAAUUUUCCCAUGUUCUCUGUUUAUGUAUAUACUCCUGCAGUUCUUCAAAGUAGUUUUUGUAAUUUGUCAUGGUUGUGCCUGCCUGCAUAGGAUAUCUAUCUAUCAAUAAACUCUUUGCAUGGAAUAAUAAAUAAGUUUGCAUGAGCAAUUUAA